AUGUCUUCCUGGUUCACCUAUUUUGGGUGAGUUUACUCCUUCUCAAUCGAACUCAUUCACUCAUUCGUUUUCAGAUUCACAAAGGGUCCACCCCUCGAAGAGGUGAAAGAGGAAUCAGAAGAAGACGAUGUCCAAGUGCCUGUACCCCAGAAAACAGCCGAAGAAGAGCUGGCGGAAGCAAUGAAUCGUUUGUCUCCGGAGCAACAGAAUCUCAUCCAAGACGUGCUCCGAAGGGCGGAAAGCUCUCGGAAAGAGGCGAAAAUAGUGGUGGACGCGGAGAUGAUGAGGUCGAGGUAUCGGAAGAGAGAAUCGGCAGAGGAUUCGCAGGAGGUCGAUCAUCGGUACUCGCUCGUGCAGAUGGACUCGAUCCCUGAAAGUGAGUGAUACCAUACUACAGGCCGAGCGCAGAAAUACAACAAAAUUUAAAUCUUCUUCUAAAUCUAAAAUCUAAAUCUAAAUCUUAUCUAAAUCUUAUCUAAAUCUUUCUUCUUCAGAUAUGGUAACAAAUGAAAUGGAAGAAAGGAGCACGCGAUUGCAAGAGACCACACCUGGUGAGCCAGAAGAAAAGAGUCCUAUCACUCCGAAGACGUUCAUGGAGAAAAGAGCUUCAAUAACAGAAGGUUUGCGAAUUAUUCACUUUCACAACAUAAAAAUAUCAUCUCAGCAACCACUGCAAGUCUUCGUAACCGAGUCCAAAAGAUGAAAUCGCACCUCACGACGUGGUUCAAUUCGCUCGACUACGACGGCGAUUACACAUUCGAUUUCUCCGGCAAAUCGGACAAAUCAGAAGCUCUCGGAGAGCUCACGAUGCAAUACAUUGAUGCACUCAGCCAGGUUGGCUAUUAUGGAAGAGACUAAAAAAAACAGAAAUGUUUCAGGCAAUAAUGAUAUCAUCUCAUAUUGAAUACUCGCAUCAUUUAUUAUCAUCUAACCCACGGUUCCAACUGAUGUGCACUCGAUUCUGUGAAUCGAUAUUUUGUUUAGCAUUUGAUGAAUUGACACAUCAGGUAACUUUCAAAGAUUGUGAACGAAUUGAUCCCUAUUCAUCAUUUCAGUUAUUGGAUGAACAAGUGCGAGAAACACUAAACCAAUACUGCGGACAAAUAGCAGAAGAAGCACUUCAAGCUGCCUUUUUCUGUGUGGUUUCAAAGACAUUAUCCAGUUCUGGAGAGUGAGUUACACGUGUACAUAAACGUAAUCUGAGUACAGAUAUUUCAGAUGUAAACAGAUCUUGAAUCAAGUUUCAACGAUGCACAAGUCGCGAUCAUUCGAAAGUGCUCAAGAAUUGGGCCAGUUCUUGACCAAAAUAGAAGAAGACGAAGGAGAAGGUACGAAGAAUUUACACUUUGAACUGAAAACAUAGCCAACUAUCGUUUCAGAAGGUGCCUCGAGCAGGAAAUCUUCUCCUUACAUGUACGAAGUUCUCGACGACACCGCAAGUGCGUCGACGUCUUCAUCGACCGAAUUCCGUUCUCAGCAGUCCUACGAGUCGGAAAUAUCUCACGAGACGCCGAUAUUGUAUGUCGAGGAAGUGUUCGAUCUGCAAGAACCUUACAAGAUUUCCCGAGCAGUCUCACUGGAAUCACAGGACGACGAAGUCAUAGUUUCCGAAGAACAGUAUGACAAUCUGGAAUCAGCGAGUGUAGAUCUGGACAGAGACGUCGAGUGCAAAGAGAAUUCUAUGUACUCAAGACAAUUGGAAAGCGACUACAUGUGGAUGACAGGACCUUUGGGAAGGAUAAUAGAGGAACAAGAUGAAGAAACGAGGACGGAAAGCAGUGCGGAGAGUAUGCAGCCGUUCGAAGAGAAUGUCGAACCCAAAAUGGCUAUGAAUGUACAAGAAUACAUACGGACGAUGAUAGAAAAAGUUACGGAACCGGAAGAAAAUGAAGUUAAAACAGAAGAGACGAUCAAAGACGCAGAGAGAAAAGAAUGGAAAGUGGAACCCUCAGAAAUGAACUCUUUCAUAGAAAAACUAGUAGCUGAGACGAAACGGCCUCGAACACGAGAGAACAGUGCCGACAAGGAACCAGAAGAAAACAUGAAGUACGCGGAAUUGUUCCAGAGAGAUUCAGUUUCUUCCCCAUUGGUACCUAGUACUGCCAUCUUUUUGGCGGACGAGUAUGAGAAGGAUUUCGGCCGGGCAAUAGGGAACCUGUCUCCUGAACAGCUACACUUUGAAACAAAUGAUCAUCGGAAUGAAGUUAUUCUUCCGGAGACGAAGUCGUUCGAUGAAGACAAGUCGGAUGCCAUGUCAGGUGCUGAUUUCGAGAGAUCCUUCGAUCAUGAGCCGACAUACGAAAGGACGUCACCGUUGCUGGAGCAGAAAGAGCCUGAACUGACACAGGAAGAGAUCGACCAUAUCGCUGUGAUCGAGAGGAUGGCCGAGCAAUCUUCAUUUGAAGUCGCUGCUCCACCAGUUCGUCCGCCAAUCCCAGAUCGUCUGCCGACGCUUGAAGAACCUGCUGUCGCACAGAAGGAGAUGACGUCGUUCGAUGAAGACAAGUCGGAUGCCACAUCAGGUGCUGAUUUCGAGAGAUCCUUCGAUCAUGAGCAGACCUACGAAAGGACAUCACCGUUGCUGGAGCCAGUUGAGUACCCGGUGAUGGAGCAGAAAGAGCCUGAACUGACACAGGAAGAGAUCGACCAUAUCGCUGUGAUCGAGAGGAUGGCCGAGCAAUCUUCAUUUGAAGUCGCUGCUCCACCAGUUCGUCCGCCAAUCCCAGAUCGUCUGCCGACGCUUGAAGAACCUGCUGUCGCACAGAAGGAGAUGACGUCGUUCGAUGAAGACAAGUCGGAUGCCACAUCAGGUGCUGAUUUCGAGAGAUCCUUCGAUCAUGAGCAGACCUACGAAAGGACAUCACCGUUGCUGGAGCCAGUUGAGUACCCGGUGAUGGAGCAGAAAGAUCCUGAACUGACGCAAGAAGAGAUCGACCAUAUCGCAAUGAUCCAGAGGAUGGCCGAGCAAUCUUCAUUUGAAGUCGCUGCUCCACCAGUUCGUCCGCCAAUCCCAGCUCGUCUGCCGACGCUUGAAGAACCUGCUGUCGCACAGAAGGAGAUGACGUCGUUCGAUGAAGACAAGUCGGAUGCCACGUCAGGUGCCGAUUUCGAGAGAUCCUUCGAUCAUGAGCCGACCUACGAAAGGACAUCGCCGUUGCUGGAGCCAGUUGAGUACCCGGUGAUGGAGCAGAAAGAGCCUGAACUGACGCAAGAAGAGAUCGACCAUAUCGCAAUGAUCCAGAGGAUGGCCGAGCAAUCUUCAUUUGAAGUCGUUGCUCCACCAGUUCGUCCGCCAAUCCCAGCUCGUCUGCCGACGCUUGAAGAACCUGCUGUCGCACAGAAGGAGAUGACGUCGUUCGAUGAAGACAAGUCGGAUGCCACAUCAGGUGCCGAUUUCGAGAGAUCCUUCGAUCAUGAGCCGACCUACGAAAGGACAUCGCCGUUGCUGGAGCCAGUUGAGUACCCGGUGAUGGAGCAGAAAGAGCCUGAACUGACGCAAGAAGAGAUCGACCAUAUCGCAAUGAUUCAGAGGAUGGCCGAGCAAUCUUCAUUUGAAGUCGCCGCUCCACCAGUUCGUCCGCCAAUCCCAGCUCGUCUGCCGACGCUUGAAGAACCUGCUGUCGCACAGAAGGAGAUGACGUCGUUCGAUGAAGACAAGUCGGAUGCCACAUCAGGUGCCGAUUUCGAGAGAUCCUUCGAUCAUGAGCCGACCUACGAAAGGACAUCGCCGUUGCUGGAGCCAGUUGAGUACCCGGUGAUGGAGCAGAAAGAGCCUGAACUGACGCAAGAAGAGAUCGACCAUAUCGCAAUGAUUCAGAGGAUGGCCGAGCAAUCUUCAUUUGAAGUCGCCGCUCCACCAGUUCGUCCGCCAAUCCCAGCUCGUCUGCCGACGCUUGAAGAACCUGCUGUCGCACAGAAGGAGAUGACGUCGUUCGAUGAAGACAAGUCGGAUGCCACAUCAGGUGCCGAUUUCGAGAGAUCCUUCGAUCAUGAGCCGACCUACGAAAGGACAUCGCCGUUGCUGGAGCCAGUUGAGUACCCGGUGAUGGAGCAGAAAGAGCCUGAACUGACGCAAGAAGAGAUCGACCAUAUCGCAAUGAUCCAGAGGAUGGCCGAGCAAUCUUCAUUUGAAGUCGCCGCUCCACCAGUUCGUCCGCCAAUCCCAGCUCGUCUGCCGACGCUUGAAGAACCUGCUGUCGCACAGAAGGAGAUGACGUCGUUCGAUGAAGACAAGUCGGAUGCCACAUCAGGUGCCGAUUUCGAGAGAUCCUUCGAUCAUGAGCCGACCUACGAAAGGACAUCACCGUUGCUGGAGCCAGUUGAGUACCCGGUGAUGGAGCAGAAAGAGCCUGAACUGACUCAAGAAGAGAUCGACCAUAUCGCAAUGAUCCAGAGGAUGGCCGAGCAAUCUUCAUUUGAAGUCGCUGCUCCACCAGUUCGUCCGCCAAUCCCAGCUCGUCUGCCGACGCUUGAAGAACCUGCUGUCGCACAGAAGGAGAUGACGUCGUUCGAUGAAGACAAGUCGGAUGCCACGUCAGGUGCCGAUUUCGAGAGAUCCUUCGAUCAUGAGCCGACCUACGAAAGGACAUCGCCGUUGCUGGAGCCAGUUGAGUACCCGGUGAUGGAGCAGAAAGAGCCUGAACUGACGCAAGAAGAGAUCGACCAUAUCGCAAUGAUCCAGAGGAUGGCCGAGCAAUCUUCAUUUGAAGUCGCCGCUCCACCAGUUCGUCCGCCAAUCCCAGCUCGUCUGCCGACGCUUGAAGAACCUGCUGUCGCACAGAAGGAGAUGACGUCGUUCGAUGAAGACAAGUCGGAUGCCACAUCAGGUGCCGAUUUCGAGAGAUCCUUCGAUCAUGAGCCGACCUACGAAAGGACAUCACCGUUGCUGGAGCCAGUUGAGUACCCGGUGAUGGAGCAGAAAAGAGCCUGAACUGACUCAAGAAGAGAUCGACCAUAUCGCAAUGAUCCAGAGGAUGGCCGAGCAAUCUUCAUUUGAAGUCGCUGCUCCACCAGUUCGUCCGCCAAUCCCAGCUCGUCUGCCGACGCUUGAAGAACCUGCUGUCGCACAGAAGGAGAUGACGUCGUUCGAUGAAGACAAGUCGGAUGCCACGUCAGGUGCCGAUUUCGAGAGAUCCUUCGAUCAUGAGCCGACCUACGAAAGGACAUCGCCGUUGCUGGAGCCAGUUGAGUACCCGGUGAUGGAGCAGAAAGAGCCUGAACUGACGCAAGAAGAGAUCGACCAUAUCGCAAUGAUCCAGAGGAUGGCCGAGCAAUCUUCAUUUGAAGUCGCUGCUCCACCAGUUCGUCCGCCAAUCCCAGCUCGUCUGCCGACGCUUGAAGAACCUGCUGUCGCACAGAAGGAGAUGACGUCGUUCGAUGAAGACAAGUCGGAUGCCACGUCAGGUGCCGAUUUCGAGAGAUCCUUCGAUCAUGAGCCGACCUACGAAAGGACAUCGCCGUUGCUGGAGCCAGUUGAGUACCCGGUGAUGGAGCAGAAAGAGCCUGAACUGACGCAAGAAGAGAUCGACCAUAUCGCAAUGAUCCAGAGGAUGGCCGAGCAAUCUUCAUUUGAAGUCGUUGCUCCACCAGUUCGUCCGCCAAUCCCAGCUCGUCUGCCGACGCUUGAAGAACCUGCUGUCGCACAGAAGGAGAUGACGUCGUUCGAUGAAGACAAGUCGGAUGCCACGUCAGGUGCCGAUUUCGAGAGAUCCUUCGAUCAUGAGCCGACCUACGAAAGGACAUCGCCGUUGCUGGAGCCAGUUGAGUACCCGGUGAUGGAGCAGAAAGAGCCUGAACUGACGCAAGAAGAGAUCGACCAUAUCGCAAUGAUCCAGAGGAUGGCCGAGCAAUCUUCAUUUGAAGUCGCUGCUCCACCAGUUCGUCCGCCAAUCCCAGCUCGUCUGCCGACGCUUGAAGAACCUGCUGUCGCACAGAAGGAGAUGACGUCGUUCGAUGAAGACAAGUCGGAUGCCACAUCAGGUGCCGAUUUCGAGAGAUCCUUCGAUCAUGAGCCGACCUACGAAAGGACAUCGCCGUUGCUGGAGCCAGUUGAGUACCCGGUGAUGGAGCAGAAAGAGCCUGAACUGACUCAAGAAGAGAUCGACCAUAUCGCAAUGAUCCAGAGGAUGGCCGAGCAAUCUUCAUUUGAAGUCGCUGCUCCACCAGUUCGUCCGCCAAUCCCAGCUCGUCUGCCGACGCUUGAAGAACCUGCUGUCGCACAGAAGGAGAUGACGUCGUUCGAUGAAGACAAGUCGGAUGCCACAUCAGGUGCCGAUUUCGAGAGAUCCUUCGAUCAUGAGCCGACCUACGAAAGGACAUCGCCGUUGCUGGAGCCAGUUGAGUACCCGGUGAUGGAGCAGAAAGAGCCUGAACUGACUCAAGAAGAGAUCGACCAUAUCGCAAUGAUCCAGAGGAUGGCCGAGCAAUCUUCAUUUGAAGUCGCUGCUCCACCAGUUCGUCCGCCAAUCCCAGCUCGUCUGCCGACGCUUGAAGAACCUGCUGUCGCACAGAAGGAGAUGACGUCGUUCGAUGAAGACAAGUCGGAUGCCACAUCAGGUGCCGAUUUCGAGAGAUCCUUCGAUCAUGAGCCGACCUACGAAAGGACAUCACCGUUGCUGGAGCCAGUUGAGUACCCGGUGAUGGAGCAGAAAGAGCCUGAACUGACUCAAGAAGAGAUCGACCAUAUCGCAAUGAUCCAGAGGAUGGCCGAGCAAUCUUCAUUUGAAGUCGCUGCUCCACCAGUUCGUCCGCCAAUCCCAGCUCGUCUGCCGACGCUUGAAGAACCUGCUGUCGCACAGAAGGAGAUGACGUCGUUCGAUGAAGACAAGUCGGAUGCCACGUCAGGUGCCGAUUUCGAGAGAUCCUUCGAUCAUGAGCCGACCUACGAAAGGACAUCGCCGUUGCUGGAGCCAGUUGAGUACCCGGUGAUGGAGCAGAAAGAGCCUGAACUGACGCAAGAAGAGAUCGACCAUAUCGCAAUGAUCCAGAGGAUGGCCGAGCAAUCUUCAUUUGAAGUCGCUGCUCCACCAGUUCGUCCGCCAAUCCCAGCUCGUCUGCCGACGCUUGAAGAACCUGCUGUCGCACAGAAGGAGAUGACGUCGUUCGAUGAAGACAAGUCGGAUGCCACGUCAGGUGCCGAUUUCGAGAGAUCCUUCGAUCAUGAGCCGACCUACGAAAGGACAUCGCCGUUGCUGGAGCCAGUUGAGUACCCGGUGAUGGAGCAGAAAGAGCCUGAACUGGCGCAAGAAGAGAUCGACCAUAUCGCAAUGAUCCAGAGGAUGGCCGAGCAAUCUUCAUUUGAAGUCGCUGCUCCACCAGUUCGUCCGCCAAUCCCAGCUCGUCUGCCGACGCUUGAAGAACCUGCUGUCGCACAGAAGGAGAUGACGUCGUUCGAUGAAGACAAGUCGGAUGCCACAUCAGGUGCCGAUUUCGAGAGAUCCUUCGAUCAUGAGCCGACCUACGAAAGGACAUCGCCGUUGCUGGAGCCAGUUGAGUACCCGGUGAUGGAGCAGAAAGAGCCUGAACUGACGCAAGAAGAGAUCGACCAUAUCGCAAUGAUCCAGAGGAUGGCCGAGCAAUCUUCAUUUGAAGUCGCUGCUCCACCAGUUCGUCCGCCAAUCCCAGCUCGUCUGCCGACGCUUGAAGAACCUGCUGUCGCACAGAAGGAGAUGACGUCGUUCGAUGAAGACAAGUCGGAUGCCACGUCAGGUGCCGAUUUCGAGAGAUCCUUCGAUCAUGAGCCGACCUACGAAAGGACAUCGCCGUUGCUGGAGCCAGUUGAGUACCCGGUGAUGGAGCAGAAAGAGCCUGAACUGACGCAAGAAGAGAUCGACCAUAUCGCAAUGAUCCAGAGGAUGGCCGAGCAAUCUUCAUUUGAAGUCGUUGCUCCACCAGUUCGUCCGCCAAUCCCAGCUCGUCUGCCGACGCUUGAAGAACCUGCUGUCGCACAGAAGGAGAUGACGUCGUUCGAUGAAGACAAGUCGGAUGCCACGUCAGGUGCCGAUUUCGAGAGAUCCUUCGAUCAUGAGCCGACCUACGAAAGGACAUCGCCGUUGCUGGAGCCAGUUGAGUACCCGGUGAUGGAGCAGAAAGAGCCUGAACUGACGCAAGAAGAGAUCGACCAUAUCGCAAUGAUCCAGAGGAUGGCCGAGCAAUCUUCAUUUGAAGUCGCUGCUCCACCAGUUCGUCCGCCAAUCCCAGCUCGUCUGCCGACGCUUGAAGAACCUGCUGUCGCACAGAAGGAGAUGACGUCGUUCGAUGAAGACAAGUCGGAUGCCACAUCAGGUGCCGAUUUCGAGAGAUCCUUCGAUCAUGAGCCGACCUACGAAAGGACAUCGCCGUUGCUGGAGCCAGUUGAGUACCCGGUGAUGGAGCAGAAAGAGCCUGAACUGACUCAAGAAGAGAUCGACCAUAUCGCAAUGAUCCAGAGGAUGGCCGAGCAAUCUUCAUUUGAAGUCGCCGCUCCACCAGUUCGUCCGCCAAUCCCAGCUCGUCUGCCGACGCUUGAAGAACCUGCUGUCGCACAGAAGGAGAUGACGUCGUUCGAUGAAGACAAGUCGGAUGCCACAUCAGGUGCCGAUUUCGAGAGAUCCUUCGAUCAUGAGCCGACCUACGAAAGGACAUCACCGUUGCUGGAGCCAGUUGAGUACCCGGUGAUGGAGCAGAAAGAGCCUGAACUGACUCAAGAAGAGAUCGACCAUAUCGCAAUGAUCCAGAGGAUGGCCGAGCAAUCUUCAUUUGAAGUCGCUGCUCCACCAGUUCGUCCGCCAAUCCCAGCUCGUCUGCCGACGCUUGAAGAACCUGCUGUCGCACAGAAGGAGAUGACGUCGUUCGAUGAAGACAAGUCGGAUGCCACGUCAGGUGCCGAUUUCGAGAGAUCCUUCGAUCAUGAGCCGACCUACGAAAGGACAUCGCCGUUGCUGGAGCCAGUUGAGUACCCGGUGAUGGAGCAGAAAGAGCCUGAACUGACGCAAGAAGAGAUCGACCAUAUCGCAAUGAUCCAGAGGAUGGCCGAGCAAUCUUCAUUUGAAGUCGCUGCUCCACCAGUUCGUCCGCCAAUCCCAGCUCGUCUGCCGACGCUUGAAGAACCUGCUGUCGCACAGAAGGAGAUGACGUCGUUCGAUGAAGACAAGUCGGAUGCCACGUCAGGUGCCGAUUUCGAGAGAUCCUUCGAUCAUGAGCCGACCUACGAAAGGACAUCGCCGUUGCUGGAGCCAGUUGAGUACCCGGUGAUGGAGCAGAAAGAGCCUGAACUGGCGCAAGAAGAGAUCGACCAUAUCGCAAUGAUCCAGAGGAUGGCCGAGCAAUCUUCAUUUGAAGUCGCUGCUCCACCAGUUCGUCCGCCAAUCCCAGCUCGUCUGCCGACGCUUGAAGAACCUGCUGUCGCACAGAAGGAGAUGACGUCGUUCGAUGAAGACAAGUCGGAUGCCACAUCAGGUGCCGAUUUCGAGAGAUCCUUCGAUCAUGAGCCGACCUACGAAAGGACAUCGCCGUUGCUGGAGCCAGUUGAGUACCCGGUGAUGGAGCAGAAAGAGCCUGAACUGACGCAAGAAGAGAUCGACCAUAUCGCAAUGAUCCAGAGGAUGGCCGAGCAAUCUUCAUUUGAAGUCGCUGCUCCACCAGUUCGUCCGCCAAUCCCAGCUCGUCUGCCGACGCUUGAAGAACCUGCUGUCGCACAGAAGGAGAUGACGUCGUUCGAUGAAGACAAGUCGGAUGCCACGUCAGGUGCCGAUUUCGAGAGAUCCUUCGAUCAUGAGCCGACCUACGAAAGGACAUCGCCGUUGCUGGAGCCAGUUGAGUACCCGGUGAUGGAGCAGAAAGAGCCUGAACUGACGCAAGAAGAGAUCGACCAUAUCGCAAUGAUCCAGAGGAUGGCCGAGCAAUCUUCAUUUGAAGUCGUUGCUCCACCAGUUCGUCCGCCAAUCCCAGCUCGUCUGCCGACGCUUGAAGAACCUGCUGUCGCACAGAAGGAGAUGACGUCGUUCGAUGAAGACAAGUCGGAUGCCACGUCAGGUGCCGAUUUCGAGAGAUCCUUCGAUCAUGAGCCGACCUACGAAAGGACAUCGCCGUUGCUGGAGCCAGUUGAGUACCCGGUGAUGGAGCAGAAAGAGCCUGAACUGACGCAAGAAGAGAUCGACCAUAUCGCAAUGAUCCAGAGGAUGGCCGAGCAAUCUUCAUUUGAAGUCGCUGCUCCACCAGUUCGUCCGCCAAUCCCAGCUCGUCUGCCGACGCUUGAAGAACCUGCUGUCGCACAGAAGGAGAUGACGUCGUUCGAUGAAGACAAGUCGGAUGCCACAUCAGGUGCCGAUUUCGAGAGAUCCUUCGAUCAUGAGCCGACCUACGAAAGGACAUCGCCGUUGCUGGAGCCAGUUGAGUACCCGGUGAUGGAGCAGAAAGAGCCUGAACUGACGCAAGAAGAGAUCGACCAUAUCGCAAUGAUCCAGAGGAUGGCCGAGCAAUCUUCAUUUGAAGUCGCUGCUCCACCAGUUCGUCCGCCAAUCCCAGCUCGUCUGCCGACGCUUGAAGAACCUGCUGUCGCACAGAAGGAGAUGACGUCGUUCGAUGAAGACAAGUCGGAUGCCACGUCAGGUGCCGAUUUCGAGAGAUCCUUCGAUCAUGAGCCGACCUACGAAAGGACAUCGCCGUUGCUGGAGCCAGUUGAGUACCCGGUGAUGGAGCAGAAAGAGCCUGAACUGGCGCAAGAAGAGAUCGACCAUAUCGCAAUGAUCCAGAGGAUGGCCGAGCAAUCUUCAUUUGAAGUCGUUGCUCCACCAGUUCGUCCGCCAAUCCCAGCUCGUCUGCCGACGCUUGAAGAACCUGCUGUCGCACAGAAGGAGAUGACGUCGUUCGAUGAAGACAAGUCGGAUGCCACGUCAGGUGCCGAUUUCGAGAGAUCCUUCGAUCAUGAGCCGACCUACGAAAGGACAUCGCCGUUGCUGGAGCCAGUUGAGUACCCGGUGAUGGAGCAGAAAGAGCCGGAACUGACGCAAGAAGAGAUUGACCAUAUCGCUGUGAUCCAAAGGAUGGCCGAGCAAUCUUCAUUUGAAGUCGCUGCUCCACCAGUUCGUCCACAAAUCCCAGCUCGUCUGCCGACGCUUAAAGAACCCGCUGUCGCACAGAAGGAGAUGACGUCGUUCGAUGAAGACAAGUCGGAUGCCACGUCAGGUGCCGAUUUCGAGAGAUCCUUCGAUCAUGAGCCGACCUACGAAAGGACAUCGCCGUUGCUGGAGCCAGUUGAGUACCCGGUGAUGGAGCAGAAAGAGCCUGAACUGACACAGGAAGAGAUCGACCAUAUCGCAAUAAUCCAGAGGAUGGCCGAGCAAUCUUCAUUUGAAGUCGCUGCUCCACCAGUUCGUCCGCCAAUCCCAGCUCGUCUGCCGACGCUCGAAGAACCUGCUGUCGCACAGAAGGAGAUGACGUCGUUCGAUGAAGACAAGUCGGAUGCCACGUCAGGUGCUGAUUUUGAGAGAUCCUUCGAUCAUGAGCCGACCUACGAAAGGACAUCGCCGUUGCUGGAGCCAGUUGAGUACCCGGUGAUGGAGCAGAAAGAGCCUGAACUGACGCAAGAAGAGAUUGACCAUAUUGCAAUGAUCGAGAGGAUGGCCGAGCAAUCUUCAUUUGAAGUCGCUGCUCCACCAGUUCGUCCGCCAAUCCCAGCUCGUCUGCCGACGCUCGAAGAACCUGCUGUCGCACAGAAGGAGAUGACGUCGUUCGAUGAAGACAAGUCGGAUGCCACGUCAGGUGCUGAUUUUGAGAGAUCCUUCGAUCAUGAGCCGACCUACGAAAGGACAUCGCCGUUGCUGGAGCCAGUUGAGUACCCGGUGAUGGAGCAGAAAGAGCCUGAACUGGCGCAAGAAGAGAUCGACCAUAUCGCAAUGAUCCAGAGGAUGGCCGAGCAAUCUUCAUUUGAAGUCGCUGCUCCACCAGUUCGUCCGCCAAUCCCAGCUCGUCUGCCGACGCUUGAAGAACCUGCUGUCGCACAGAAGGAGAUGACGUCGUUCGAUGAAGACAAGUCGGAUGCCACAUCAGGUGCUGAUUUCGAGAGAUCCUUCGAUCAUGAGCAGACCUACGAAAGGACAUCAUCGUUGCUGGAGCCAGUUGAGUACCCGGUGAUGGAGCAGAAAGAGCCUGAACUGGCGCAAGAAGAGAUCGACCAUAUCGCAAUGAUCCAGAGGAUGGCCGAGCAAUCUUCAUUUGAAGUCGCUGCUCCACCAGUUCGUCCGCCAAUCCCAGCUCGUCUGCCGACGCUUGAAGAACCUGCUGUCGCACAGAAGGAGAUGACGUCGUUCGAUGAAGACAAGUCGGAUGCCACGUCAGGUGCCGAUUUCGAGAGAUCCUUCGAUCAUGAGCCGACCUACGAAAGGACAUCGCCGUUGCUGGAGCCAGUUGAGUACCCGGUGAUGGAGCAGAAAGAGCCGGAACUGACGCAAGAAGAGAUUGACCAUAUCGCUGUGAUCCAAAGGAUGGCCGAGCAAUCUUCAUUUGAAGUCGCUGCUCCACCAGUUCGUCCACAAAUCCCAGCUCGUCUGCCGACGCUUAAAGAACCCGCUGUCGCACAGAAGGAGAUGACGUCGUUCGAUGAAGACAAGUCGGAUGCCACGUCAGGUGCCGAUUUCGAGAGAUCCUUCGAUCAUGAGCCGACCUACGAAAGGACAUCGCCGUUGCUGGAGCCAGUUGAGUACCCGGUGAUGGAGCAGAAAGAGCCUGAACUGGCGCAAGAAGAGAUCGACCAUAUCGCAAUGAUCCAGAGGAUGGCCGAGCAAUCUUCAUUUGAAGUCGCUGCUCCACCAGUUCGUCCGCCAAUCCCAGCUCGUCUGCCGACGCUUGAAGAACCUGCUGUCGCACAGAAGGAGAUGACGUCGUUCGAUGAAGACAAGUCGGAUGCCACAUCAGGUGCUGAUUUCGAGAGAUCCUUCGAUCAUGAGCAGACCUACGAAAGGACAUCACCGUUGCUGGAGCCAGUUGAGUACCCGGUGAUGGAGCAGAAAGAGCCUGAACUGGCGCAAGAAGAGAUCGACCAUAUCGCAAUGAUCCAGAGGAUGGCCGAGCAAUCUUCAUUUGAAGUCGCUGCUCCACCAGUUCGUCCGCCAAUCCCAGCUCGUCUGCCGACGCUUGAAGAACCUGCUGUCGCACAGAAGGAGAUGACGUCGUUCGAUGAAGACAAGUCGGAUGCCACGUCAGGUGCCGAUUUCGAGAGAUCCUUCGAUCAUGAGCCGACCUACGAAAGGACAUCGCCGUUGCUGGAGCCAGUUGAGUACCCGGUGAUGGAGCAGAAAGAGCCGGAACUGACGCAAGAAGAGAUUGACCAUAUCGCUGUGAUCCAAAGGAUGGCCGAGCAAUCUUCAUUUGAAGUCGCUGCUCCACCAGUUCGUCCACAAAUCCCAGCUCGUCUGCCGACGCUUAAAGAACCCGCUGUCGCACAGAAGGAGAUGACGUCGUUCGAUGAAGACAAGUCGGAUGCCACGUCAGGUGCCGAUUUCGAGAGAUCCUUCGAUCAUGAGCCGACCUACGAAAGGACAUCGCCGUUGCUGGAGCCAGUUGAGUACCCGGUGAUGGAGCAGAAAGAGCCUGAACUGGCGCAAGAAGAGAUCGACCAUAUCGCAAUGAUCCAGAGGAUGGCCGAGCAAUCUUCAUUUGAAGUCGCUGCUCCACCAGUUCGUCCGCCAAUCCCAGCUCGUCUGCCGACGCUUGAAGAACCUGCUGUCGCACAGAAGGAGAUGACGUCGUUCGAUGAAGACAAGUCGGAUGCCACAUCAGGUGCUGAUUUCGAGAGAUCCUUCGAUCAUGAGCAGACCUACGAAAGGACAUCACCGUUGCUGGAGCCAGUUGAGUACCCGGUGAUGGAGCAGAAAGAGCCUGAACUGACGCAAGAAGAGAUCGACCAUAUCGCAAUGAUCCAGAGGAUGGCCGAGCAAUCUUCAUUUGAAGUCGCUGCUCCACCAGUUCGUCCGCCAAUCCCAGCUCGUCUGCCGACGCUUGAAGAACCUGCUGUCGCACAGAAGGAGAUGACGUCGUUCGAUGAAGACAAGUCGGAUGCCACAUCAGGUGCUGAUUUUGAGAGAUCCUUCGAUCAUGAGCCGACCUACGAAAGGACAUCGCCGUUGCUGGAGCCAGUUGAGUACCCGGUGAUGGAGCAGAAAGAGCCUGAAAUGGCGCAAGAAGAGAUCGACCAUAUCGCAAUGAUCCAGAGGAUGGCCGAGCAAUCUUCAUUUGAAGUCGUUGCUCCACCAGUUCGUCCGCCAAUCCCAGCUCGUCUGCCGACGCUUGAAGAACCUGCUGUCGCACAGAAGGAGAUGACGUCGUUCGAUGAAGACAAGUCGGAUGCCACGUCAGGUGCCGAUUUCGAGAGAUCCUUCGAUCAUGAGCCGACCUACGAAAGGACAUCGCCGUUGCUGGAGCCAGUUGAGUACCCGGUGAUGGAGCAGAAAGAGCCGGAACUGACGCAAGAAGAGAUUGACCAUAUCGCUGUGAUCCAAAGGAUGGCCGAGCAAUCUUCAUUUGAAGUCGCUGCUCCACCAGUUCGUCCACAAAUCCCAGCUCGUCUGCCGACGCUUAAAGAACCCGCUGUCGCACAGAAGGAGAUGACGUCGUUCGAUGAAGACAAGUCGGAUGCCACAUCAGGUGCCGAUUUCGAGAGAUCCUUCGAUCAUGAGCCGACCUACGAAAGGACAUCGCCGUUGCUGGAGCCAGUUGAGUACCCGGUGAUGGAGCAGAAAGAGCCUGAACUGACGCAAGAAGAGAUCGACCAUAUCGCAAUGAUCCAGAGGAUGGCCGAGCAAUCUUCAUUUGAAGUCGCUGCUCCACCAGUUCGUCCGCCAAUCCCAGCUCGUCUGCCGACGCUUGAAGAACCUGCUGUCGCACAGAAGGAGAUGACGUCGUUCGAUGAAGACAAGUCGGAUGCCACGUCAGGUGCCGAUUUCGAGAGAUCCUUCGAUCAUGAGCCGACCUACGAAAGGACAUCGCCGUUGCUGGAGCCAGUUGAGUACCCGGUGAUGGAGCAGAAAGAGCCUGAACUGACGCAAGAAGAGAUCGACCAUAUCGCAAUGAUCCAGAGGAUGGCCGAGCAAUCUUCAUUUGAAGUCGCUGCUCCACCAGUUCGUCCGCCAAUCCCAGCUCGUCUGCCGACGCUUGAAGAACCUGCUGUCGCACAGAAGGAGAUGACGUCGUUCGAUGAAGACAAGUCGGAUGCCACGUCAGGUGCCGAUUUCGAGAGAUCCUUCGAUCAUGAGCCGACCUACGAAAGGACAUCACCGUUGCUGGAGCCAGUUGAGUACCCGGUGAUGGAGCAGAAAGAGCCUGAACUGACGCAAGAAGAGAUUGACCAUAUUGCAAUGAUCGAGAGGAUGGCCGAGCAAUCUUCAUUUGAAGUCGCUGCUCCACCAGUUCGUCCGCCAAUCCCAGCUCGUCUGCCGACGCUUGAAGAACCUGCUGUCGCACAGAAGGAGAUGACGUCGUUCGAUGAAGACAAGUCGGAUGCCACGUCAGGUGCCGAUUUCGAUAGAUCCUUCGAUCAUGAGCCGACCUACGAAAGGACAUCACCGUUGCUGGAGCCAGUUGAGUACCCGGUGAUGGAGCAGAAAGAGCCUGAACUGACGCAAGAAGAGAUUGACCAUAUUGCAAUGAUCGAGAGGAUGGCCGAGCAAUCUUCAUUUGAAGUCGUUGCUCCACCAGUUCGUCCGCCAAUCCCAGCUCGUCUGCCGACGCUUGAAGAACCUGCUGUCGCACAGAAGGAGAUGACGUCGUUCGAUGAAGACAAGUCGGAUGCCACGUCAGGUGCCGAUUUCGAGAGAUCCUUCGAUCAUGAGCCGACCUACGAAAGGACAUCGCCGUUGCUGGAGCCAGUUGAGUACCCGGUGAUGGAGCAGAAAGAGCCUGAACUGACGCAAGAAGAGAUUGACCAUAUUGCAAUGAUCGAGAGGAUGGCCGAGCAAUCUUCAUUUGAAGUCGCUGCUCCACCAGUUCGUCCGCCAAUCCCAGCUCGUCUGCCGACGCUUGAAGAACCUGCUGUCGCACAGAAGGAAAUGACGUCGUUCGAUGAAGACAAGUCGGAUGCCACGUCAGGUGCCGAUUUCGAGAGAUCCUUCGAUCAUGAGCCGACCUACGAAAGGACAUCGCCGUUGCUGGAGCCAGUUGAGUACCCGGUGAUGGAGCAGAAAGAGCCUGAACUGGCGCAAGAAGAGAUCGACCAUAUUGCAAUAAUCGAGAGGAUGGCCGAGCAAUCUUCAUUUGAAGUCGCCGCUCCACCAGUUCGUCCGCCAAUCCCAGCUCGUCUGCCGACGCUUGAAGAACCUGCUGUCGCACAGAAGGAGAUGACGUCGUUCGAUGAAGACAAGUCGGAUUCCACGUCAGGUGCCGAUUUCGAGAGAUCCUUCGAUCAUGAGCCGACCUACGAAAGGACAUCGCCGUUGCUGGAGCCAGUUGAGUACCCGGUGAUGGAGCAGAAAGAGCCUGAACUGGCGCAAGAAGAGAUCGACCAUAUUGCAAUAAUCGAGAGGAUGGCCGAGCAAUCUUCAUUUGAAGUCGCCGCUCCACCAGUUCGUCCGCCAAUCCCAGCUCGUCUGCCGACGCUUGAAGAACCUGCUGUCGCACAGAAGGAGAUGACGUCGUUCGAUGAAGACAAGUCGGAUGCCACGUCAGGUGCCGAUUUCGAGAGAUCCUUCGAUCAUGAGCCGACCUACGAAAGGACAUCGCCGUUGCUGGAGCCAGUUGAGUACCCGGUGAUGGAGCAGAAAGAGCCUGAACUGGCGCAAGAAGAGAUCGACCAUAUUGCAAUAAUCGAGAGGAUGGCCGAGCAAUCUUCAUUUGAAGUCGCCGCUCCACCAGUUCGUCCGCCAAUCCCAGCUCGUCUGCCGACGCUUGAAGAACCUGCUGUCGCACAGAAGGAAAUGACGUCGUUCGAUGAAGACAAGUCCGAUGCCACGUCAGGUGCUGAUUUCGAGAGAUCCUUCGAUCAUGAGCCUACCUACGAAAGGACGUCACCGUUGCUGGAGCAGAAAGAGCCUGAACUGACGCAGGAAGAGAUCGACCAUAUCGCAAUGAUCCAGAGGAUGGCCGAGCAAUCUUCAUUUGAAGUCGCUGCUCCUCCAGUUCGUCCACAAAUCCCAGCUCGUCUGCCGACGCUUGAAGAACCUGCUGUCGCACAGAAGGAAAUGACGUCGUUCGAUGAAGACAAGUCCGAUGCCACGUCAGGUGCUGAUUUCGAGAGAUCCUUCGAUCAUGAGCCUACCUACGAAAGGACGUCACCGUUGCUGGAGCAGAAAGAGCCUGAACUGACGCAGGAAGAGAUCGACCAUAUCGCAAUGAUCCAGAGGAUGGCCGAGCAAUCUUCAUUUGAAGUCGCUGCUCCUCCAGUUCGUCCACAAAUCCCAGCUCGUCUGCCGACGCUUGAAGAACCUGCUGUCGCACAGAAGGAAAUGACGUCGUUCGAUGAAGACAAGUCCGAUGCCACGUCAGGUGCCGAUUUCGAGAGAUCCUUCGAUCAUGAGCCUACCUACGAAAGGACAUCGCCGUUGCUGGAGCCAGUUGAGUACCCGGUGAUGGAGCAGAAAGAGCCUGAACUGACGCAAGAAGAGAUCGACCAUAUCGCAAUGAUCCAGAGGAUGGCCGAGCAAUCUUCAUUUGAAGUCGCUGCUCCACCAGUUCGUCCGCCAAUCCCAGCUCGUCUGCCGACGCUUGAAGAACCUGCUGUCGCACAGAAGGAGAUGACGUCGUUCGAUGAAGACAAGUCGGAUGCCACGUCAGGUGCCGAUUUCGAGAGAUCCUUCGAUCAUGAGCCGACCUACGAAAGGACAUCGCCGUUGCUGGAGCCAGUUGAGUACCCGGUGAUGGAGCAGAAAGAGCCUGAACUGACGCAAGAAGAGAUCGACCAUAUCGCAAUGAUCCAGAGGAUGGCCGAGCAAUCUUCAUUUGAAGUCGCUGCUCCACCAGUUCGUCCGCCAAUCCCAGCUCGUCUGCCGACGCUUGAAGAACCUGCUGUCGCACAGAAGGAGAUGACGUCGUUCGAUGAAGACAAGUCGGAUGCCACGUCAGGUGCCGAUUUCGAGAGAUCCUUCGAUCAUGAGCCGACCUACGAAAGGACAUCACCGUUGCUGGAGCCAGUUGAGUACCCGGUGAUGGAGCAGAAAGAGCCUGAACUGACGCAAGAAGAGAUUGACCAUAUUGCAAUGAUCGAGAGGAUGGCCGAGCAAUCUUCAUUUGAAGUCGCUGCUCCACCAGUUCGUCCGCCAAUCCCAGCUCGUCUGCCGACGCUUGAAGAACCUGCUGUCGCACAGAAGGAGAUGACGUCGUUCGAUGAAGACAAGUCGGAUGCCACGUCAGGUGCCGAUUUCGAUAGAUCCUUCGAUCAUGAGCCGACCUACGAAAGGACAUCACCGUUGCUGGAGCCAGUUGAGUACCCGGUGAUGGAGCAGAAAGAGCCUGAACUGACGCAGGAAGAGAUCGACCAUAUCGCAAUGAUCCAGAGGAUGGCCGAGCAAUCUUCAUUUGAAGUCGCUGCUCCUCCAGUUCGUCCACAAAUCCCAGCUCGUCUGCCGACGCUUGAAGAACCUGCUGUCGCACAGAAGGAAAUGACGUCGUUCGAUGAAGACAAGUCCGAUGCCACGUCAGGUGCUGAUUUCGAGAGAUCCUUCGAUCAUGAGCCUACCUACGAAAGGACGUCACCGUUGCUGGAGCAGAAAGAGCCUGAACUGACGCAGGAAGAGAUCGACCAUAUCGCAAUGAUCCAGAGGAUGGCCGAGCAAUCUUCAUUUGAAGUCGCUGCUCCUCCAGUUCGUCCACAAAUCCCAGCUCGUCUGCCGACGCUUGAAGAACCUGCUGUCGCACAGAAGGAAAUGACGUCGUUCGAUGAAGACAAGUCCGAUGCCACGUCAGGUGCCGAUUUCGAGAGAUCCUUCGAUCAUGAGCCUACCUACGAAAGGACAUCGCCGUUGCUGGAGCCAGUUGAGUACCCGGUGAUGGAGCAGAAAGAGCCUGAACUGACGCAAGAAGAGAUCGACCAUAUCGCAAUGAUCCAGAGGAUGGCCGAGCAAUCUUCAUUUGAAGUCGCUGCUCCACCAGUUCGUCCGCCAAUCCCAGCUCGUCUGCCGACGCUUGAAGAACCUGCUGUCGCACAGAAGGAGAUGACGUCGUUCGAUGAAGACAAGUCGGAUGCCACGUCAGGUGCCGAUUUCGAGAGAUCCUUCGAUCAUGAGCCGACCUACGAAAGGACAUCGCCGUUGCUGGAGCCAGUUGAGUACCCGGUGAUGGAGCAGAAAGAGCCUGAACUGACGCAAGAAGAGAUCGACCAUAUCGCAAUGAUCCAGAGGAUGGCCGAGCAAUCUUCAUUUGAAGUCGCUGCUCCACCAGUUCGUCCGCCAAUCCCAGCUCGUCUGCCGACGCUUGAAGAACCUGCUGUCGCACAGAAGGAGAUGACGUCGUUCGAUGAAGACAAGUCGGAUGCCACGUCAGGUGCCGAUUUCGAGAGAUCCUUCGAUCAUGAGCCGACCUACGAAAGGACAUCGCCGUUGCUGGAGCCAGUUGAGUACCCGGUGAUGGAGCAGAAAGAGCCUGAACUGACGCAAGAAGAGAUUGACCAUAUUGCAAUGAUCGAGAGGAUGGCCGAGCAAUCUUCAUUUGAAGUCGCUGCUCCACCAGUUCGUCCGCCAAUCCCAGCUCGUCUGCCGACGCUUGAAGAACCUGCUGUCGCACAGAAGGAGAUGACGUCGUUCGAUGAAGACAAGUCGGAUGCCACGUCAGGUGCCGAUUUCGAUAGAUCCUUCGAUCAUGAGCCGACCUACGAAAGGACAUCACCGUUGCUGGAGCCAGUUGAGUACCCGGUGAUGGAGCAGAAAGAGCCUGAACUGACGCAAGAAGAGAUUGACCAUAUUGCAAUGAUCGAGAGGAUGGCCGAGCAAUCUUCAUUUGAAGUCGUUGCUCCACCAGUUCGUCCGCCAAUCCCAGCUCGUCUGCCGACGCUUGAAGAACCUGCUGUCGCACAGAAGGAGAUGACGUCGUUCGAUGAAGACAAGUCGGAUGCCACGUCAGGUGCCGAUUUCGAUAGAUCCUUCGAUCAUGAGCCGACCUACGAAAGGACAUCACCGUUGCUGGAGCCAGUUGAGUACCCGGUGAUGGAGCAGAAAGAGCCUGAACUGACGCAGGAAGAGAUCGACCAUAUCGCAAUGAUCCAGAGGAUGGCCGAGCAAUCUUCAUUUGAAGUCGCUGCUCCUCCAGUUCGUCCACAAAUCCCAGCUCGUCUGCCGACGCUUGAAGAACCUGCUGUCGCACAGAAGGAAAUGACGUCGUUCGAUGAAGACAAGUCCGAUGCCACGUCAGGUGCUGAUUUCGAGAGAUCCUUCGAUCAUGAGCCUACCUACGAAAGGACGUCACCGUUGCUGGAGCAGAAAGAGCCUGAACUGACGCAAGAAGAGAUCGACCAUAUCGCAAUGAUCCAGAGGAUGGCCGAGCAAUCUUCAUUUGAAGUCGCUGCUCCACCAGUUCGUCCGCCAAAUCCCAGCUCGUCUGCCGACGCUUGAAGAACCUGCUGUCGCACAGAAGGAGAUGACGUCGUUCGAUGAAGACAAGUCGGAUGCCACGUCAGGUGCCGAUUUCGAGAGAUCCUUCGAUCAUGAGCCGACCUACGAAAGGACAUCGCCGUUGCUGGAGCCAGUUGAGUACCCGGUGAUGGAGCAGAAAGAGCCUGAACUGACGCAAGAAGAGAUCGACCAUAUCGCAAUGAUCCAGAGGAUGGCCGAGCAAUCUUCAUUUGAAGUCGCUGCUCCACCAGUUCGUCCGCCAAUCCCAGCUCGUCUGCCGACGCUUGAAGAACCUGCUGUCGCACAGAAGGAGAUGACGUCGUUCGAUGAAGACAAGUCGGAUGCCACGUCAGGUGCCGAUUUCGAGAGAUCCUUCGAUCAUGAGCCGACCUACGAAAGGACAUCGCCGUUGCUGGAGCCAGUUGAGUACCCGGUGAUGGAGCAGAAAGAGCCUGAACUGACGCAAGAAGAGAUCGACCAUAUCGCAAUGAUCCAGAGGAUGGCCGAGCAAUCUUCAUUUGAAGUCGCUGCUCCACCAGUUCGUCCGCCAAUCCCAGCUCGUCUGCCGACGCUUGAAGAACCUGCUGUCGCACAGAAGGAGAUGACGUCGUUCGAUGAAGACAAGUCGGAUGCCACGUCAGGUGCCGAUUUCGAGAGAUCCUUCGAUCAUGAGCCGACCUACGAAAGGACAUCGCCGUUGCUGGAGCCAGUUGAGUACCCGGUGAUGGAGCAGAAAGAGCCUGAACUGACGCAAGAAGAGAUUGACCAUAUUGCAAUGAUCGAGAGGAUGGCCGAGCAAUCUUCAUUUGAAGUCGCUGCUCCACCAGUUCGUCCGCCAAUCCCAGCUCGUCUGCCGACGCUUGAAGAACCUGCUGUCGCACAGAAGGAGAUGACGUCGUUCGAUGAAGACAAGUCGGAUGCCACGUCAGGUGCCGAUUUCGAGAGAUCCUUCGAUCAUGAGCCGACCUACGAAAGGACAUCGCCGUUGCUGGAGCCAGUUGAGUACCCGGUGAUGGAGCAGAAAGAGCCUGAACUGGCGCAAGAAGAGAUCGACCAUAUUGCAAUAAUCGAGAGGAUGGCCGAGCAAUCUUCAUUUGAAGUCGCCGCUCCACCAGUUCGUCCGCCAAUCCCAGCUCGUCUGCCGACGCUUGAAGAACCUGCUGUCGCACAGAAGGAGAUGACGUCGUUCGAUGAAGACAAGUCGGAUGCCACGUCAGGUGCCGAUUUCGAGAGAUCCUUCGAUCAUGAGCCGACCUACGAAAGGACAUCGCCGUUGCUGGAGCCAGUUGAGUACCCGGUGAUGGAGCAGAAAGAGCCUGAACUGACGCAGGAAGAGAUCGACCAUAUCGCAAUGAUCCAGAGGAUGGCCGAGCAAUCUUCAUUUGAAGUCGCUGCUCCUCCAGUUCGUCCACAAAUCCCAGCUCGUCUGUCGACGCUUGAAGAACCUGCUGUCGCACAGAAGGAAAUGACGUCGUUCGAUGAAGACAAGUCCAAUGCCACGUCAGGUGCUGAUUUCGAGAGAUCCUUCGAUCAUGAGCCUACCUACGAAAGGACGUCACCGUUGCUGGAGCAGAAAGAGCCUGAACUGACGCAGGAAGAGAUCGACCAUAUCGCAAUGAUCCAGAGGAUGGCCGAGCAAUCUUCAUUUGAAGUCGCUGCUCCUCCAGUUCGUCCACAAAUCCCAGCUCGUCUGCCGACGCUUGAAGAACCUGCUGUCGCACAGAAGGAAAUGACGUCGUUCGAUGAAGACAAGUCCGAUGCCACGUCAGGUGCUGAUUUCGAGAGAUCCUUCGAUCAUGAGCCUACCUACGAAAGGACGUCACCGUUGCUGGAGCAGAAAGAGCCUGAACUGACGCAGGAAGAGAUCGACCAUAUCGCAAUGAUCCAGAGGAUGGCCGAGCAAUCUUCAUUUGAAGUCGCUGCUCCUCCAGUUCGUCCACAAAUCCCAGCUCGUCUGCCGACGCUUGAAGAACCUGCUGUCGCACAGAAGGAAAUGACGUCGUUCGAUGAAGACAAGUCCAAUGCCACGUCAGGUGCUGAUUUCGAGAGAUCCUUCGAUCAUGAGCCUACCUACGAAAGGACGUCACCGUUGCUGGAGCAGAAAGAGCCUGAACUGACGCAGGAAGAGAUCGACCAUAUCGCAAUGAUCCAGAGGAUGGCCGAGCAAUCUUCAUUUGAAGUCGCUGCUCCUCCAGUUCGUCCACAAAUCCCAGCUCGUCUGCCGACGCUUGAAGAACCUGCUGUCGCACAGAAGGAGAUGACGUCGUUCGAUGAAGACAAGUCCGAUGCCACGUCAGGUGCUGAUUUCGAGAGAUCCUUCGAUCAUGAGCCUACCUACGAAAGGACAUCGCCGUUGCUGGAGCAGAAAGAGCCUGAACUGACGCAGGAAGAGAUCGACCAUAUCGCAAUGAUCCAGAGGAUGGCCGAGCAAUCUUCAUUUGAAGUCGCUGCUCCUCCAGUUCGUCCACAAAUCCCAGCUCGUCUGCCGACGCUUGAAGAACCUGCUGUCGCACAGAAGGAAAUGACGUCGUUCGAUGAAGACAAGUCCGAUGCCACGUCAGGUGCUGAUUUCGAGAGAUCCUUCGAUCAUGAGCCUACCUACGAAAGGACAUCGCCGUUGCUGGAGCAGAAAGAGCCUGAACUGACGCAGGAAGAGAUCGACCAUAUCGCAAUGAUCCAGAGGAUGGCCGAGCAAUCUUCAUUUGAAGUCGCUGCUCCUCCAGUUCGUCCACAAAUCCCAGCUCGUCUGCCGACGCUUGAAGAACCUGCUGUCGCACAGAAGGAAAUGACGUCGUUCGAUGAAGACAAGUCCGAUGCCACGUCAGGUGCUGAUUUCGAGAGAUCCUUCGAUCAUGAGCCUACCUACGAAAGGACGUCACCGUUGCUGGAGCAGAAAGAGCCUGAACUGACGCAGGAAGAGAUCGACCAUAUCGCAAUGAUCCAGAGGAUGGCCGAGCAAUCUUCAUUUGAAGUCGCUGCUCCUCCAGUUCGUCCACAAAUCCCAGCUCGUCUGCCGACGCUUGAAGAACCUGCUGUCGCACAGAAGGAGAUGACGUCGUUCGAUGAAGACAAGUCGGAUGCCACGUCAGGUGCUGAUUUCGAGAGAUCCUUCGAUCAUGAGCCUACCUACGAAAGGACGUCACCGUUGCUGGAGCAGAAAGAGCCUGAACUGACGCAGGAAGAGAUCGACCAUAUCGCAAUGAUCCAGAGGAUGGCCGAGCAAUCUUCAUUUGAAGUCGCUGCUCCUCCAGUUCGUCCACAAAUCCCAGCUCGUCUGCCGACGCUUGAAGAACCUGCUGUCGCACAGAAGGAAAUGACGUCGUUCGAUGAAGACAAGUCCGAUGCCACGUCAGGUGCUGAUUUCGAGAGAUCCUUCGAUCAUGAGCCUACCUACGAAAGGACGUCACCGUUGCUGGAGCAGAAAGAGCCUGAACUGACGCAGGAAGAGAUCGACCAUAUCGCAAUGAUCCAGAGGAUGGCCGAGCAAUCUUCAUUUGAAGUCGCUGCUCCUCCAGUUCGUCCACAAAUCCCAGCUCGUUUGCCGACGCUUGAAGAACCUGCUGUCGCACAGAAGGAGAUGACGUCGUUCGAUGAAGACAAGUCGGAUGCCACGUCAGGUGCUGAUUUCGAGAGAUCCUUCGAUCAUGAGCCUACCUACGAAAGGACAUCGCCGUUGCUGGAGCAGAAAGAGCCUGAACUGACGCAGGAAGAGAUCGACCAUAUCGCAAUGAUCCAGAGGAUGGCCGAGCAAUCUUCAUUUGAAGUCGCUGCUCCUCCAGUUCGUCCACAAAUCCCAGCUCGUCUGCCGACGCUUGAAGAACCUGCUGUCGCACAGAAGGAGAUGACGUCGUUCGAUGAAGACAAGUCGGAUGCCACGUCAGGUGCUGAUUUCGAGAGAUCCUUCGAUCAUGAGCCUACCUACGAAAGGACAUCGCCGUUGCUGGAGCCAGCUGAGUACCCGGUGAUGGAGCAGAAAGAGCCUGAACUGACGCAGGAAGAGAUCGACCAUAUCGCAAUGAUCCAGAGGAUGGCCGAGCAAUCUUCAUUUGAAGUCGCUGCUCCUCCAGUUCGUCCACAAAUCCCAGCUCGUCUGCCGACGCUUGAAGAACCUGCUGUCGCACAGAAGGAAAUGACGUCGUUCGAUGAAGACAAGUCGGAUGCCACGUCAGGUGCUGAUUUCGAGAGAUCCUUCGAUCAUGAGCCUACCUACGAAAGGACAUCGCCGUUGCUGGAGCAGAAAGAGCCUGAACUGACGCAGGAAGAGAUCGACCAUAUCGCAAUGAUCCAGAGGAUGGCCGAGCAAUCUUCAUUUGAAGUCGCUGCUCCUCCAGUUCGUCCACAAAUCCCAGCUCGUCUGCCGACGCUUGAAGAACCUGCUGUCGCACAGAAGGAAAUGACGUCGUUCGAUGAAGACAAGUCCGAUGCCACGUCAGGUGCUGAUUUCGAGAGAUCCUUCGAUCAUGAGCCUACCUACGAAAGGACGUCACCGUUGCUGGAGCAGAAAGAGCCUGAACUGACGCAGGAAGAGAUCGACCAUAUCGCAAUGAUCCAGAGGAUGGCCGAGCAAUCUUCAUUUGAAGUCGCUGCUCCUCCAGUUCGUCCACAAAUCCCAGCUCGUCUGCCGACGCUUGAAGAACCUGCUGUCGCACAGAAGGAGAUGACGUCGUUCGAUGAAGACAAGUCGGAUGCCACGUCAGGUGCUGAUUUCGAGAGAUCCUUCGAUCAUGAGCCUACCUACGAAAGGACGUCACCGUUGCUGGAGCAGAAAGAGCCUGAACUGACGCAAGAAGAGAUCGACCAUAUCGCAAUGAUCCAGAGGAUGGCCGAGCAAUCUUCAUUUGAAGUCGCUGCUCCUCCAGUUCGUCCACAAAUCUCAGCUCGUCUGCCGACGCUUGAAGAACCUGCUGUCGUACAGAAGGAGAUGACGUCGUUCGAUGAAGACCAGUCCGAUGCCACAUCAGGUGCUGACGUUUCGAACACAUAUCGUGAAGGGCAAGAGUAUGAUAGAACAACUCCACUGCUCUUCUCUGAUCAAGAGUCGUUCGGCGAAAACGAUGUCCCUCUUCCAUGUGCACAGUCUUCUACUGACAAUUGGGCCAAUUUUGCUGAUUUUCCUGUUGUCUCGGCUGAUGAUUUGCCGACCAUUUGCUGUACACAUACUGUGAAUGUGACCGUGAAACCACAACUCGAAUUCGACGCUGAGCCUGCAAGCCCUCCGCUUUUGGACAUGAAAAUGGCACAGGAAGAUUUCAACAACCGGUGGGAAAUACAUUCAUCUGGAGAGCAAUCAGGAUACGAAGAUAUCGCUGGAGUUAGUUCGCGAGACUACGCAAGAGAUGUUUCACUUGCCGAGGAUGUUAUCGCCGAGGAAGACGAAAAUGAUUUCGCCGCUGAUGACUUAGUUCCAUUGGAAUCGUCAAUUUGUCAUUGGGAAGGAUCGGAACAAGAUCUGCCAGGGGCUUGGCCGAUUUCUUCAAUCAUCCCUAUUGUUCGAGUAGACGUCGCACCUGAAGAACACUCGUUUUAUGAUGUCAGCAGCCAAAAAUCAGGGAGAGGAAGCUCUCAUGAGAGUUGUCAAGGAGCAGCUUCUGAAAAGUACGAUGCCAAAGAUCAGAUAUCGGAAGUAGGUUCAGAGUCAGAAGAGGGAGGUCGGCCGGAGUCGCACUUCUCAUACGAUGCUUCACUUCCACCCUUCCAUCAGUACGCUGCUUGUCCAUCAAUCACACCAUCGGAAGGGGAAGAUGGUUCUUCUGAAGGUCCCACGAAUCAAGAGGAGUUGUGCAACGAUAAAGUGAUUGAAAAACUCGCGGAGUUCUCCGGAUCGCAAAACGUUUUCCAGCAAGUCCUUCCUGUUGUUGAGAUCAGAAUCGACGAAGCAACUAGCGAGUCCAGUCAACAGCUGGAUGAUAUUUCGGAAAUGACGUCUAUUGCCGAUCAGGAUGGAUCGCUGGCCGACGCGGAACUCACCCAGGACGAAUGGGAUCGUGUUUGCACUGAUGUUGCGCCGUCGACGUUGCCUGGAAAAGAGCCGAAUGCUGUUCAAGAUCUUCGUCGAGUCCAAGAGCAAUCUUCGGAGGAUAAUUCAAGUGCCACGUCUGGAGCAGACAUCGAAAGAUCGUUCGAUGCACCAUCACCUCUUCCUAAGUAUUCGGAAGAGCCGGAAAUGGUGCAUGAUGUGACCAAUUACGUGCUAAUGGUGACUCAUUUGGCUGAACAAGAAACUGUUCCAACGGCAAUCAGAGAGACAUCGACAGAGCUAGAGAGAAAUGAGGAAUAUCAGAAAUCAGAAGACAUUUCUGAUGCAACAUCUGGAGCUGAUUCGGAGGUAUCCGAGUCGGUUACGAAAGAAACAAGCGGAGAAAGCAGUGGGCUGACACAAGAAGAACUCGAUCACAUUGCGGAAGUGCUGAGGAAAGCAGAAGCAUCGGCGGCAAGCGGACUGUUCGAGAGGGAUUCCAAUCUUCCUCCGCUCCGAAGAACUUCCAUCACGUACACUUCGCAUUUCUCUCCUUCACUCAUGAGAGAUCUUCGUUCUUCCACCUCAUUUACGUCAACUCCGGCAGCUGAAAAUGAACCGGCGAAAGCAAAAUUAGUGCGCGAACCGAGUGUGCAAGUGGUCUACACAGAUCACAUUUUGCGAGAUCUGCAGUCUAUAAAUGCUUCUUUGGAGCAAGGAGAAGACGUUUCCGCUGUGAAAAGUGUCGAAGUUGAAGAGGAUAUUGGAACGACAGUCGAAGAAACAAGCAACGACGUCUUGAGUUCAAUUCUGCCGGAGGAAGAUGAGGUGAUUACCGACGUCUACAGUUUCGAUACAAAGACGUCGCUCCUUGUACAGCAGUAUGUGAUACAGCAGUCGACAUUCCAAGAGGCAGCGGGCCUGCAUCUUUCUCCAAUCCGACGGACAAUGAGUGCCGCGUGCACAGCCGAAAAACACGCAGAUGAUGCAGAGAAUAUGAAGGCGGAUAGGGAGGUUAAGCAUGCCCAGAGCCAUGAUCAAAUUAAGAAGAGAGCGGACGGCGAGCCGAAUGCCUAUGAACUUCUCGAGCAGCAUAGUUUCCGUCACGCACAGCCUCUCCUUUGCAAUGUCGACUUCCUCUGGCGCCUCAAUUUCGCAGCCAACAGAAUGACGGAGGAGAUUGCCGAAGAGGUGGGUUAAACACGCCGCCGUUUGGGAGGGGGGGAUAACCGCAGUGAGAUGAGCAAAUUUGAUUACAGGCUGGUAGAGAAUUGCGUGCGCACUAUAGGAAUGUGGCCAACCCGCGAGCCAGAUAUUUCUCCGACGCUUAUGACAUUGGCACUGACGAGGAGGAGGAAGAGGAGGCCGCUCAAACGUGCGUUUAUGACCUCUUAACUUGCACUGUUUCUAUUCUUGUUUUUUCGUUACUUUUCUUUGCGAAUCUCUAUUUUAAGGUCACCUCUCGGAUAUUCGGUUGAACCAAUGCGGCAGGAAGAACCGUCCUAUGGUCUUUUCUCAUUUUUCACGUCUUCGAAGAAGAAUAUUGUGGACCGACCUCGAUCUGCUUUGGCCAUGUUCACGAGUGCGUCUCCCUCUGUUUCUCCGAGUCUGCUGAGAAAGGAAUCAGAGGACCGGGGAGACAUUCUGAACUUACUGCGAAGGUAAAAUUGGAGGUUGAAGUAUAUCAAGGCGAACUCAGAGAUUUCAGAUCGUCCGGUGCCGAUUCCAGAGCUUCAAAUGACAGUUCUGCAUCUCGUUUGCCGGAUCAUGCUCUUAUUGGGUUAUCAGAGAAGGAGAAGCAACAUAUCAUGUCGGUUAUCUCUCGUUCGAAUAGAACAUCAUCCCCAAUGACAUCUCGCAGGUUAGAUGCCCAUUUCAGUCGUCAAAUACAAACUCUCAUUAUUUUCAGAUGCUCGUCUGCCCUCCAAAUGCUUCCGGAAGUCGACAACAUUUCGGAAGCCGAGAAGGAGCACAUUCAGAAUAUUCUGGAGAGGGCUGAAUCGAGGACUCCGUACAUGAUCAAGAUUCCAAUAAAGAAGCAGAUAUCAUCGAGAACCGAAUCAACCAAUUCGAGAGUCUCCAGUGAAGGAAUCGACGAAGAAGUUGAGAUUGAGGACCAAAAGAAGAAAACGAUCGAAGAUCCGAUUGUGGAGGUUCCGUCGAGAGCAGUGACUCCGCGCAACAAUUUGAGAGUAAUUCCUCCUCCCAUCGCUAUUUCUCAUCCGACGCCCCCGCAUUCGGCCAAGACAGACACUGGCUCACGGCACAGCAGCGGAUCGUCCGCUCAUUCUCAGUUUGGUUUCUCAACGCCAUCCAUUUCUGGAUUCAAAACGUUCUUCGAUAAAGCAAAGACGGCCACAGAGAUUCUGGUCAAGGAGAUCAAAGAUGAAGUCACUGACCCAGAAAAGCUGACUCCGAGAGCACGCAAAGGGCCUGCAUCAGACGAAUUGACGGUCGAAGAACUGGAACACAUCAGGAGAGUGAAUGCGAUGGCAGAGUCUGAUGAGCCAACACCACCCCCACACCUAACUCAGGAACGACGCAAAUCAAGUGUCGUGAGCGGAUUGAAAAACAUCUUUGGAGUUGCAAAGCAGGAGGAACCCGAACUGACUACGGAAGAGAAGGAGCACAUCAGAAGAAUGUCGGCAUUGGCCGAUAAAUUGAACGCAGAGAUUCAAGUGAUGGAGGUGAAGCCAAAGACAACGAGCGCAUUCGCAUUGAAGAGCUUCUUCGGGAAAGCAACGCAGUCGGUGAUGCAGGCAUCAGACACCGUAAUCAAGAAUGUGAUUCCAAGCGAUGUGCCACGACAAUCAUUGGGAGGGCUCACUCAACACGAGCUGGAUCAGAUUGCUCAGGCUGCAGAGAGUGCUCAAAAGGAAUCGGAAGCGAAACAAGAAGUUACUCAGGAGGAAAUGGACCAUAUCAUGAGAAUCGCUGCGAUGGCUGCUGCUGACUUCAAUGCUCCACUACCUGUUCCUGUUUACAACACAAUUUCUCCUGCAAUCCCUGUAUCCAAAAAUGUUGAACCUAACCUGACCCAAGAAGAACUGGAUCAUAUUGCCAGGAUUGCUGAAAUGGCUGCCAUGGACUUCACUGAACCGGAGAUCGACCAUAUCGCUCGAUUUACUGUGAUGGCUUCCGAAGAUAUUCAUCCAGUCAUUCCAGCGAAACAACCUGUAUUGACUCAAGAAGAACUCGACCACAUUGCGAUGAUUGCUGCAAUGGCCGCGGAAGAAGUCGCCCCACUUCCUGCCUCAAGAACGAUUGCCCCCGUACCUGCUCCGUCUCAUGCAGAGCCAGAACUCACCCAAGAAGAACUGGAUCACAUUGCCAGGAUUGCUGAAAUGGCUGCCAUGGACUUCACUGAACCGGUUCCUUUGCCUGUCUACAAGCCGUCGGAACCAGAACUUACUCAAGAAGAGAUCGACCAUAUCGCUCGAUUUACUGUGAUGGCUUCCGAAGAUAUUCAUCCAGUCAUUCCAGCGAAACAACCUGUAUUGACUCAAGAAGAACUCGACCACAUUGCGAUGAUUGCUGCAGUGGCCGCGGAAGAAGUCGGCCCACUUCCUGCCUCAAGACCGAUUGCCCCCGUACCUGCUCCGUCUCAUGCAGAGCCAGAACUCACCCAAGAAGAACUCGCCCACAUUGCUCGAAUUGCUGAAAUGGCUGCGAAUGAUUUCGAUGUCCCAUCUAUUCCUGCUCCUCAGUUCAACCAAGUUCACUUCGUCUCUCAGGAUGAAGAGGCGACAUCGAUUGAUGAGCCGAUGACAGAAAGGACAGAAAGCGGAUCGGAAGCGACGUCUGGAGCCGAUUCGUUCGACGAGGAAAGCGGCUCACUAGACGAUGAAGGUGCUCAAGUGCUAACGAGCGGCGUAUCUCCAGAUCGAGUUACAUCUCCCGCUGCACUUGACACAACUGAAGAGCAGCAAAGACCUAUUAUGGCUCACAAGGUGAGAGCAUUCUCGUGUUUUCUAGGCAUCUCCACCGAGCGCUUUUUCCCAUAGAUUCUGUUGCCAUGCACGCCGCGGCAAUGCUGUCAUUAAAUAUUAUGCAGAUAGCGUGACCAGAUUCUUCUCCUCCCCAGAGAUUCCUAGAAGAUUUUUUCCCGUUUUCAGGUCGUCUCUCCGUCGCCAUCGGCUGGUUCGAUGGCGUCACGGAGGAGCAGCGAGUACGACAUUCGAAGUAUUGCGGAGAUCAGAAGAGAAUCCGAGUCCGACAUCGGAAAGUGGUGAGUUUCUCGUUUGUUGACUUUCGAAUUCAACGUAAAAGUUUCAGGUACGAAGAACAACUUAGUUUCAUGCGGCAGUCGAUCCACGACGAGGAAGAGAUCGUUGGACGUAAGAUCAUAGUUGAAAAACUGAUUGCAAAUUAUUGCACUUUAGAUGAAAUUGACACAGAGGUCGAAGAGUUUCCCGCCGAGUACGUCGAAGACCAACUUCAUUUCCUUACUGGUGAGUUUUGCGAAGAAAGAAUGCAUUCUCAAAAAUUCAUGGUAGUCUUGGUGGCGUUGGUGGUGACGAGACGAGACGAAGAAAACAUAUUUGCAGGUAAUGUGGCGGAGAGGGAAGCCGUCGUCGGCACCGGAAGAUCGAUCGACGAAGAGUGUUAUGGCGGAGAGGAAGAGACCGAAAAUGGCUCGGCGGCGGAGCAAGAAGUGGCGGAGACGGGCGCGAAUAGUAGUCGUGGGGGACCGGAGACGCAGAGAGAACUGCCAGCAAGGGCGCAGCAGACACCCAUCGAUUCGCUGCCGGGUAGUCGUAUGUUGAAGCGACCCAAUUUCGGCUUCCUCUCUAAUCUCGCUAAUGAUGCGGUUAAUAAGGUAAGUCUCGUUACAAAUUUUUUGUGAUUAUGCAAUUGGUGGUCCAAGUGUGGGAAACGCAUUCUUCUAGUGGGGUGUUAGCUGGGGGAGCCGUGGGAAAAAGUUUGAGGGUUGUUCGCACAUGUCUAGUAUUUUAACUGGAGACAAAAAAAGAUAGGAAGAAGGGCUUUAGUAAACUGAUAAAAGUUUCAAAACCUUCCAAUUCUGAGCAAACAUCUGAGCGAUAGCUAGUCCAAAUUCGGAAGAAAACGAUUUCGUACAAUUCUCCGUGACUUCCGAUUGCUUCUUUCCCAUUCAAACACACAAUUUCUCGACGCUAUUUCCAUGCGUGAUCCCGUCCAAAAAAGCCAAUUUCAAAGUCGUUUUCGUUCAGUUUUCCAAGCCGACGAUGGCCUCGUUACCCAAGACAUUUGGGUCCACAAAAAACAGAGAAAUGCCAACAAACACUGCCCGGACGCUGCCAUUUGUUAUCUUUCUCCGGGUGGUUAGACACACACCCAUCUGGGCGCAUCGUUCGAAGUGUCCGCCCGUCUUCUCCUCCUUCUUAUUCUUCUAGUCUUGUAGUAUGUCUUAUGCAUAAACGGAGGGCGGUGCGCGGAGCGCGGAGCAAGAAACACUUUAGGAGGCGCGACAGCACCCGGCAAUGCCUCAUUAAUUUUUUGCGACGCGAGUGGCGUGUGCUCUAUGCGACGGCCCGUCACUUCCCAUAAUUGCUGCUCCGUGAUGAUUUGUUUCGUUUUUUGCAGGCCAAGGAAGCGGGCUCCCAAAUCCAAGCCGCCGUACCCAUCAAGGUGAGUGGGGAUCCGUUUAUCGGCGGGCUUCACGAGCAGAUUCAAUUAUCUCUGGUGAAGGCCAUCAAAGUCUUACUCGCGUGUGUAGUAAUAUAAUUUAGUCGGAUAUCCAUGUCACAUAUUAUGAGAGAAAACAAACUUUACACAAUAUUUCUAUCUUUUUAAAAGGGUGAACGAAGGGAUGAUGUUUGGAACUCAUCAAAAUGAAUGGAAAUAACUAAUAAACUGCUUCUUUCAGCCGUCCACGUCUGCUUCCAACAUUGUCAACAACAAUGUCUUCUCCUCCAGGUACCCGCUCUCAUGUCUCCGUAAUAUUGUUGAUUUUCAGCAAGUCGUCUUCCUCCCUAGGCACCGGAUCCCGUGCCCCAUCAAAAACCGCCAUCCCGUAAGUGAAUUCCCUCCAAACAUUCCCAGAGUAUCCGAUUACCAAACUGACUCCCCCGCUUCAACCUUCCACUCCCUUUUCCGGUCCCCUUACUGAUUACUUGUUUUGCAGACCGCCCGACAUUCCGAUGAACGGUCUCUCCGAAGAAGAGCGUCGUCAGAUCAUGGCCGUUAUAGCGGCCGCUGACCACGAAGACGCCUUCAACAAUGUGCAGGCGAAACCGAGCACAAGCGGCUCAUCGAAUAUUCCAGCAGGAAUGGAGGAUCUUUCUGAAGAAGAACGACAAAAGAUCAUGGCAGUGAUGGCGAGUGCGGAGAUGGAAAUGGGUCCGCCCGUGCCUUCUCGAGUACCAACGCGGUCUCCGAGUGUGAUGAGCACCAGCAUGACUCGUCCAGGAUCCUCGAUGAUGUCCGAUGUGCCACCUGGAUUGGAAGAUUUGUCAGAAGAAGAGAGGAAAAAGAUUAUGGCAGUUAUGGCAGAAGCCGAAAUGCAAGACGUACGACCACCACCAAUGACAGCAAGAGAACCUCCCCCGAUGCCUACGAGGUAAUCCAUUGUUUUCUGAUUUUAGCCAAUUUUGAUGAUUUCAGCAGCACUAUGAUUCCACCCGGAAUGGAGGGUCUUUCGGAAGAAGAACGGCAAAAGAUCAUGUCCGUCAUGGCAAAUGCCGAUAUGGAUACAUCUCGAAGUGUCGUCACUUCCAGACAGCCCAGCAGGUCUCCAAGUGUCUCUAGAAUACUGCCUCCUUCUAUGUCUCCGAUGCAAUCAAUGCCAAUAAUACCACCGGGAAUGGAAGGAUUGUCCGAAGAAGAGAGACAGAAGAUAAUGGCUGUGCUGGCAUGUGCUGAGUUUGACGAUUCUAGAAGCCAAGUACCGUCCAGACAGCCAAGCAGAUCUCCCAGUUUUGCAAGAGCUCCACAGUCACUCCCACUAGUUCAAAGGUAAGCAUUCCCAUCGUUCAAACAGCAAUUCACUUCGUUUUUAGUAUGACACUCAUUCCACCUGGCCUCGAAGAUUUAUCUGAAGAGGAACGACAGAAGAUUAUGGCAGUGAUGAUGAACGCAGAGGUGGAAGAAUCAAGAAGUCAAGUGCCAUCGAGACAACCGAGUCGAUCACCGAGUGUUGCGAAGAUGCAGCCGCCUCCGAUGAUGCCGGUCAUUCCACCAGGACUGGAAGACUUGUCGGAUGAAGAGAGACGGAAGAUCAUGUCCGUUAUGGCUGAAGCCGAGAUGCAGAGCAUUGUUCCCAGCAGAUCAGCGAGCAGUUAUUCAAUUCCUCCCGUCAGCCAACCAAUUGUUCCACCUGGAUUUGAAGACUUAUCAGAAGCAGAAAAACGAAAGAUCCUUUCUGUUAUGGCGGAAGCUGAAAUCGAUACAACAAAGAUACCGAGCAGGUCUGCAAGCAGCUACGGAAUGCUCCCGGCGCCAAUCAGCCAACCGAUCAUUCCACCUGGAUUAGAAGACCUUUCGGAAGCAGAACGGCAAAAGAUUCUGUCCGUGAUGGCGGAAGCCGAGAUUGAUUCAGCGAAGGUUCACACUAGAUCUGCUCAUGAGAUGAUACCACCGGGCUUGGAAAAUCUUUCUGAAGAAGAGAAACAUAAGAUCAUGGCAGUUAUGGCAAAUGCAGAGUUGGAAGAGAGCAGACCAUCUGAGCAGGAUAUCGUUCCGAUGACACUUCCACGUGGACACACUGGAUUCAAGCCAGCUGGAAUUUUGAAUGAAGACGAACUGUUUGAGCUGGAAAGGAAGAGAAGGGAGGAAUCGGAACGUCGGCAGACGCCUCUGGAAUCCCCGACGCGAGAAUCCGGUUAUGCCACGUCAACGUCUUAUGAACGAGAGCUGGCAAUGGUGAGUGUAAUGGGAUACUCGCUUGUGGAGCCGCGCUUUCUCUCGCACCCGUCAAAUAAGAAAUCUCUCUUUUCGGGUCUGAAUUUCCGCGCCCCUUCGCUCUCAGUGCAUCUUUCCAUUUCAGUUGCAUAAUUGAAUAAUUGAGACAAAAAUGGGGAAAAAGAAAAGGCGCCUGCUUCCACUUUCAACGGGUCUGUUAUUCAGGGCGGCGAGGAGCGCAUGGACGGACUACUCGAGGAUAUACUUCGGAUCAGAGAAGGCGCUCGAUCGAGAAGAGAUAGUCGCGAUGAGAUCGAUCAAAGAAUGGAGGAGGAGGCGGUCGAGGUGCACACUCCGGAAGAGAUGAGAGCCGCGGAACAAGAGACGGAAACAGGUACUUCUUUUCUGACCAUUGUCCUGUUCAUACCCUGUUUGCAGUUAAACCAACAGAUGAUUUCGAUUUCACCUACUCUGACUCGAGAUUCGCUGAAAUUGUGAAAAUGCAAGAGGAAGAAGGGUGAGUCGUAAUUUCAGGGAAUCGCAUUAGUUUAUGAACGCAUUCCAGGGCAAGUGUGAGCCAGAUCAAAAUAGAUGACGGAAAGCCACGUAUGUGGGAGACAGUCUUCGAUGGCGAUGAAUCCGAGUUACCCCACCAGGACUUCUUAUUCGGCGAGCCGAAGAAAACGUCAGAUUUUGAUUUCCCCAAGGAGACAGAUGAAGUGUUUGAGAAACCGGCAGAGAUGCAGAGAAUCAGAGUCACUAAGAAUCGUGAGUUAUUCAAAAGACAUCACCGCUCUAAGAAGUUGAAUUCAUUAACAGAUGACGUUGAUAUGGAUGAGAUUUAUGACAACGUGGCGACGUCCAUUGGAAGAGUACCGACAGAGCCCGAAUCGACAAAUCCAGGAACAUUGAAACGAGCUGUUUCUAAGCCACCGCCAAUGAUAAAAAUCACUGGGGAGGAGGAAACGAAGAGCGACAGUGACGAGGAAAGUUGCUCGGAAGACGACGACGAGUAUCCGGAUCAGGUGGUCGCUGCUCCAACGGCUCCGACGCCAACUUAUGAAGAAGUGGAAAACGAGAGACUGAGGCAGGAGGAACUGGGCAAAGAGGUCUUGCAGCAGAUUCAGGCAUUCGGGGAAGUGGCCAACGAUGAAUUCGAUGUGCAAUGGGCGAGAGCCACUUCCGGCUCAAUCCAGACUCCGUCAACAAGCAGUGUGAAACAGCCGACUGCCCCGAAGAAAAGUGAACCGAUUCCGAUUGCACCAUCGCAGAGAUCGAAAGAAAUUAAAGAGGAGCGAAUUCGACAGGAGGCUCUCGAGGAAGUGGAAUUCUAUCAUCACGGACACAAUCCGUUCUUGGAGUCUCCGGAUGAAGAUGAAGUGGUUCGUUUCCUGUUUUUUUCCAGUACAACUUUCCCGUUUUCAGUCGAUCAACAUGGAAGACAUCGACGCCGAAGUGGCAAGGAUGUACGAGAACUCUGACACGCAGACAAUGCGUCGUCCCGGGCCCGUUUACACGAUUGCCGAAGAUGAAUCAGAAGAUGACGGAACACUUUCGAACUCUGAAAGUCGAAUGAUUGCUCGCGAAAAACGUCUGAUGAACAAGAAGACAGCGGAUUCAUUGAUGGCAAAGUAUCAGAAUAUGAAAAAAGUGCAAGUGAAGCCGACAACGAGCACAUCGGUGGCUGCGAGCCCCGCCUAUGCAAUCAUCAAUUUGUCCGGAUCUAAAAAGCCGAGUACAACGAGAACUACGGAUUCACAAGUGUACUUCGAGUCAACGAGACCACUGCCUCCACCCGAAAUGAAGGAUCCGAAGAAAGACAUACCUCCAGAGAUUUCCGCGUCGAUUGAUAAAACCAUGGCUGAGGUGGAUGCGCUUCUUGGACAAGUUUACACAAACGAGAAGGCUAAACCGAACUUGUUAUGCUUCGAUCAGAGCAAGUUUGUUAACAAUCCGCCCACGUCUUCUGCAAGCACUUCCACUGCUGACGACAUGAUUCUUCUGAUGAACAGGAACGAUCCUUCUUCGUCUCCUUCUUUCCUCCUCCCUCUUCAAUCUUCGGUCUUGGGAAGCCAAUUGGAGUCCGUCCGAAACGAAAACGAGGCCACUUCUCCAAGGUAAGUUCUUCGGAAAAUGGAGAAAGGAAGGGCUCUUUCUCCGGCGGUAAAUCUAAUUACACCCCUUUCCCUUUCCCUCUUCCUCUCGGUGACGUGGCAAAAGGUGAUUGACACACUCAUUUGCAGGGGACUCAAGCGCUCUCCGGGCAUGCUCCUGCCCUCCCCAACUUCCUCAGCCAUCGUCUUCCCUCUGCCUCCGACCGCUGCAGAGUCGGUCGGUGCGGCCAUCGGAGCAACGACGGCUUCCAUGUUCGCAGACGUCAACAUUUCCGAUCCGCCGCCGACCCUGGACAGAUUGACGAAUGCUUACAAAUGGCUUCAGAACAUCGGGGUACGCCACUCAAUUCAUAUUCAAUUACAUUCCAUCCAUUAUUUCUGUUCGAUAAAUGUUGUGUCGUGCAUUUUGUGGUUCGUUUCUCUAUUUCAGAAUCAUUAUUAUCUUGACCUCUAUUUGACAUCAUUUUGUACUUUCAUCACGGAAGAGCAGUUGUUUCAGGGCAGAGAAGCGAAAAUCCAUUAACAAUUCAAUUUCCGAAUCAGCUGUGAAGAAGAGAGAUUUGUUCUGUUUCUCGCACGUUGGCCAAGUGUGGUUGUCUUUCGGCGAAAAAGAGUUGGUCUGUCUGAGUCUCUCGCUGCUCUUUCCGUCGAGCCACGGGGGCUACGGCUGUCGUCGUCGCCGUCGUCGCCCUCGCCCGGUGCCGUCCGCCUGCGGCUCGAGCAGCUUGCUCCGCCCCGCCGCUUCUGCUCUCGGCCACUCUCCCGCUCGCAUCGACGUCUCCCUCGUCUCUUCAGAGAAUAGUAGUACUUUGCCGACGCGGAGGGCGGCACCACGCUUACCUACGACGUCUUCUAGUAUACUUUUUAACGGGCACUAGUCGCCGCGCCACCCCCACCAGGCUUUCCGUAUUCCAAUGUUCAAACUUCGUUAUUCUUCUAUUUGAACACGGUUGGUUUUUGCUUUUUUUCACUUCAAAUAUGAGAGAGAUGUAGGGAAGAGACAAAAAGAGCAGAGCCGUAAAAACGAAAGAGCAGCGUUGAGCUUUGCGGAGAUAUUAACAACUAUUGUUUAGUCGUAUGCGAAGGCACAAAAGGAAGUGGCGAAUCGGCAAACAUGACAAAAAUUGUGGCUCAUCCGUCGUCCAGACAUGUUUUGGUUCUUCUCCAACUCCUCAACUUUCUUCUCUAAUUUGAUAAAUUUCUUUUUUUCGCACAAACUUGGCAGUGUCCAUUUCGGAAACGUUUUCAAGACGACGGGGGCCCGUCUUUCGCCUUUCUCAUCGUCGUUUUGUUCUUUUUGGCGCCGCCACUCUCGCAAAUGCCUCUCAGAGCCGUCGCUUCUGCUGGCUGCCGGGGACCGGGGGUGGUGUGCUCGGCGAACCGCAUAAGAGAAAAGAGAGACCCCCGAGCGAGGCACAGAGCGCAUGCAUACGCACACUUUUAUGGGCUAAUCGAAAAAGAGAAGCGAGUCGUCGAGGAGAAGAGGAAGAUUGAGGGAGCACGACCCCGCCCGCCGGCCCAAAUGAACAUUUUUUAGUCUAAUUUCCUGUUGCCCUUUUGAUAGAUUGAAAAAGCUGUGGCCUCCGGAGCCCCGAAUUCCAUUUGCUCUCUCAUGACACUGCGAAUCGGAAAUUGAAACGUUUAGGAUAGCUUACUCUGUCAAUCUAAAACUGCGACUGAAACUGAAAAAAAAGGAAAAAACCCGUGAACAUUGCCCACCCUUUUGCAGGAUGAUGGAAACGUUGCCAGUAACGAAAUGGGCCGCCGAAAACUUCCAUCGAUCCCACCCAACUCGUCGGCGUUCCCUCCGCCAGCAACCUCCACCAUUCACACUACUCACACUUCAAUCCCUUCCACUUCGUCCGCCUACGUCGACGACUACAAUGUCCCUCUCCCGUCGGAUCCCAUCGUUUCCGAAUCGUUGUUGAAAGGCGGAUCUCUGACUCGUAGACACCAGCAAUCGCAGCAGCAGCAACAGGCUCCCGUCUACAUCACUUCGUCGGCGAGCCGUCCUCCAUCCGCUGCCGGGGGCAACAUCUUCCAAGAGAGCCGUCCGACAUCUUCUCUCUCCAUGUACCAGAAUGACGUCAUUCUGUCACGACCUGCUUCCGCUGCUAGCAAUUAUACGACCGCCUCGACCAUCAAUCCUACCAUUCUCGUCGGCGCCGCUUACUCAUCCAAGCCCUCCAGUCAUAUCCGUCAGCCAGUUUCUCUCCGUCAACCGGGAGCUGCCCUCACAUCUGCCACUGUCGCUUCUUCCCUCCGUUCAUCGGUCGGAAAUGCAUCUGUCACGGCUCGAGUCCCCAACACCUUGGCUCGAGUUCUUCUGAAGAAGGAACUGAAAGAUGUGCUGAACCAGAGAAAACAGCGUCUGGAAGCCACAGAGAUUGAGGCGAAUCAGCGGCAUUACAAAGUUCAGAAGAUGUUGGUGACUGGACUUCUUCCGGAGAAACAAGAGGACGACAUUCCAAACGUUGUCAAGUGCGGCCUUCCUGCUGAUUUGGUGCGAGGAAUUCACAUUUCAAUGCAGCCACCAUCUCCUGCCACAUCAAUUCUGACCCCUCGGAAGUACCCGACGCCGACCAAACGAACGACCAUCUCCAAUCAGUCGGUCGUCCGUCACCAUCACGCUUCGAAGAGCAUCGCCUGCCAAGCAGAUGAUCAUCCUUCCAUCAGACAGACAACUUCUCUUCGGAGUCAGUUGGACAUGGAACGAAGACCUCAGUUGAUGACAUACGUCGGGAAGAGAAGUGCGGAGACGCAGACGGAAGUCACCAAUUACGAGCCAAUGACACCGACAACCCGUUACGGUUCCAUGCCCCGGAGCAGUCGCGAACGAUCCGCCUCCCGUCGUUAUCGAGAGCAGCAGCAGCAGAUCUACAACCAAAUGCCGCAGAAUCACAAUGACUUGCUCGAGAUAACCAAGAAGUACUUUGAGGACUACGACCGACAGCUGCGAGAGUUCGGCGAGAGAGCUCGAAGGCAUUCGCGCCGUCGGUUCGACUUCCACGAUGAUGACGAUCAUGAUGAUUUGCGGAAGGCACAGGUGAUGAGUGAAUUGGCUCGAAGGAAAGAACGGAUGUGUGCCAGCUGUGAAGUACUCUCGUCGACCGAUCCGUUUGGAAGCUCUGUCAACCCGCAAGUUCCCAUGUCAUCCGACUACAGCAGCCACGUCCCUCACUACGGAUCACUGCCCAGAAUCGACUACCCGAGAGGCACCAGGACUGAUGUUCGUGACUUCACUUACCGUCAGCAGAACCUCCCUCAGCAGCCGGUCAAUUACGCUUACAACUACGGAUCGUUGCCUAGAAACUUCGAACGAUAUGCGAGUGGCCUUCCUCCAAUCGAAAUUGAGAACGAACAGUCGUUUGGAGCACCGCCACGUCAUCGUUCGAACAUCGGAUACGAGUCGACGUCCAUGUUCAACCUCUCGGAUCCUGUUUACCUCGGAGGAUACGAACCGCCCGUCAUGCCACCGCAACAACAGCCGAGAUUGUACGAUCAAGUUCAUGGCUAUGCCAAUGACACGACGAACUUGAAUCAGGGCUUGCGAGGGGCCGACAUGGUCAGUCAGUACGCAAGCUAUCUCAACUCACAGUUCCAAUCCGGGUUGCAACAGUCUUCUCAAAUCCCUCCGCCAAUGAUGCCGAUUGCUCGGUACGAUGCUCCGAUGUCCGAUCCGUACAUGUCCAGCCGCACGAGAGACUUCAAUCCCACUCCAUUCCAUCAUCACUCGACACUCUUGGCUCCGAAACCUGUAACAAUGACGCACGUGGCACCGAACUACAACCAGUUGUCACAGCAAUUCUCUCAGCAGAACCAAGGAAUAGGAAUGGGGAUGCAGCACGCUCAGAUGCCCGCACAGACCAGCAUGGAUCCACUGAUGAUGCCAAGAAUGGCACCGUCCUCGCAGGUCUACUCGCGGAAUGAGCUGAACUACGGCAGUCGACCCGCACAGAGCAGUCUCUUCGAGUACGGUAAUCGACGUCAGUACCCGUCCACCUCCGCACUUGCUCCUACCUACGACAUUCCGAACGCCACUUCGUCCGACUGGAGAACUCAAGGAUCCGUUCCGAUGCACCAUACGUACGACGCGCGAUGGCCGAAAGAAGACGCGCUUUCGAGGAUGUAUGCGACCGUGUCGAGACGCCGUGCGCAAGGUGAUGGCUCGCCUUCUUUCCUCAUCGAUGGUCGUUGAUUCGCAGUCUUUCCCCUUCUCAAUACGUGUGCUCUUCUAUCGUUUGUUCCAUGCUGCCACACUCACUCACUCACCCCAAAUGUUUCCUCCACUUCUUCUUUCAUUUACUUCUACUUCUUUCCUUCUGAAAUCAACACGUUCUCUUCUUUUCCUUUCUUUCAUUUACGUUCAAAUCUUUCCCCUUAUCUAUUUUUAUGUUUAUAGGUGAAAAUAAAUUAUGUCAGACAAAAAUACAGAGAAAAGAGAAAGAGAAGUCUUCGUGCGUCGGAAAGGACCACCUCCGCGAUCUAUACGAGUGCUUCCGCUCUCGUUUCUUAUUCGAGAGAAGCGCCGAGGUAAAUCGAGACGAGUCGCCUUCUCAUCUUCUGGAAGGCCGAGAGAAAGAGUGUGUGAAGAGCGGAGCCCAGCAGAGAAAUGAGCGAGAGAAGAGAGAUCGUUUGAAUAAUUCGGAAAGAAGCGGGCCCUCGAAAAGGUGUCUCGUGUUGCAACUGGAAUGAGUGCGCGCGCACACGAAAAUCCUCUAAUUCCGAGGCACGCGAAGACUAUUUUUCUUGAUGCACGGAAAGCGAGAAAAGAAGUGAGAGAGAAAGGCGCCGUAUGAUACACAAAUGUGGAAAUGCAGAGAACAAAUGAAGCAGAUAUCUCCGAUUUGGGAUGUACGGAAGGAGGCUGUGAAGGCUUUGAAUUUCAAAAGUUAGUUCAGUAAAGACUUUGAGCACUCGAACAUUACUUGUAGGUGUUACGCUCCUCUACAAACAUACAUAACUAGGGAUACUUCUCAUCUAUCAGCUUCUAUUUGAUUUAUUAUACUUUCUCAUUCUCUCUCUCUCUUUCUCUCUCUCUCUCUCUCUCUCUCUCUCUCUCUCUCUUUCCUCCUUUCCCCUGUCCCAAAGCGAAUCAACGAUCAUCGGUGCCUUUCCCCACGAAUUGCCCUCUAACUUCCGCAAUUCCAGAAACUUCACUUGCCUCUUCAAAUCCGAAUAAGAUCAGCACCGGGUCUUGCAACUACGCCCGUCGCCAGAUCCGUCCCUCCGCCUACCGUAAUUUGCACUCGACAAACUCGAUGCCAGAUCGUCACUUGGUUCGGAGGAACGUCGACACUGGAAAGUACGAUGUGAAGAGGAUUCUGUUGACCAGAGGAUACAAACAUCACAACGUCUACAACGGUAGGACGGGUUGCCGUCUGAAAAUCAAAAAUAUUGCGUUCUUUUCAGAUCUCGGAGUGCGUGUGGUCGGAGGAAAACGUACGAAGAACGGAGAUCUGAUCGCCUACGUGUCCCAAUUGCACAGUUCGGCCAACAAUCAGACCCUGGGCCAGAUCAAAAUAGGUGAGCAGCGAGCGAGGAAAACGAAAAGGCAUAUUGAGGCACUUGAAACGCACUUCAUGAAAUGAUAUUUGAGAAUGUUAUACGCUUUCACGUUCCACUUACUUUGUUUUCAGGCGACGAGGUCGUCGAAUGGAACGGCAUUCUACUCCGUGGAAAAACGUUUGAAGAGGUGGAAAGGGUAGUGAACGCAAGCCACGGAGAAGUCGAAAUGGUCAUCCGAUCGUGAGUGUUUCAAUGAUAUCGUUUACAAGACUUUUAAAACCGGGAAAUGUUGAAAACAUAAUCUUUUUGUGUCUGAAACUACACUGCUAUACUUGUGCAUUCAGAGAAAAGACGCAUCCCGGAGGAUAUGAGAGCCAUUCUCUGAAUAGAAACGUGUCCUCUUCCCGCCAUCUGAGGGACGACCUCUCACCAGACAGAGUGCCGCCCGUGCCAAUGCAUCGAAUCAACGGCAUCAACAACAACAGCGUCCUCCACCAUCACACCCUCUCCGACUCCUCCUCCUGCCACGGUCACAUCCAAGUGUCGCUCGGCUACGACGGAAACGCCCGUCUCGUCGCCAAAGUGAUCCGAGCAAGAGGACUGAGAUCCCGUGAUCAAUCGAGAAGUGCCCCGAACCCGUUUGUGAAGGUGUAUCUUCUGCCCGGAAGGAAGUGAGUGUUUGCAUAGUCCUCCUCGAAUUCCCCUUCCUCUUCAGAGUGUCUCACAAACGAAGAACACGCUUCGUGGAUUCCUCGUGUGCUCCGGAAUGGAACCAAGUUCUAGAAUAUCAAGUUGCUCCGCACACCCUCAAUACAAUGUUCCUGGAGUUCACAGUCUGUGACUACCAGAGGGAUGUCGAUGAUCUUCCUUUGGGAAGUGUUCAGAUACCUCUUGCAGGUUCCGGUACCCAACCAAUUGGUCUCCACAAACUUCUGUUUUCAGACAAAUCGGCCAUCAACACAGGUCCCAGAUGGUACCCACUCCAGUCCUCCGAUCAUCAGAUCACCCACCACUCUAUGAACGGAACAACGUCCUCGCGCAUCCAGUCCGUGGCGGCUGCUUCCACCAAUCACAACUACUCGGAAGUUCCACCCUCGAUUCUGUAUCCGAAGGGCGCACACGCACGUCAUCCUGACAAACCAGUCAGACACGCCACAUUCAACUAUAAUCCAGGUGUGUCCCUUUUUCUGAAUACUCGGAUUAGAGCGUUCAAGGCUGAAUGACUGUCCAAUCUUUCUUUUCAGUCUCUCUCGACAUUGGUUACCCCGCAAUAAACUGA